AUGGAGGACAGGGAGUACAUAUGUCGCAACGACCUCGAUCGCAUCCCUAUCACCGAGCCCAGACCAGCAAAUGAGGAGCCCUCAUAUGACCUGCGAUCUUCAACAUCGCAGAACAGAUCUCUCAAGAUGACAUCUGACGUGGGGGGCGAAGGCGCUUCUGGCGCAAACGAGGACGUAUUCCCAAAACCGAGCAAGUUCAGGUUCAAGCACAAAUCCAGAAGGAGGAGUUCGGAGAGACGCGAAACACGAUCUCGAAGCCCAACAGGGCGUUCACACCGCGACAGGCACAGAAACGAUAGAUCAAGAGACAGAUCAAGAGACAGACCGAGAGAGCGACGCCACAGGCGUCACCACCAAAGCAAGAGACGCAAACACUCGCCAGCAGACGAUCCCGCGCUCUACGAUGAUACUCACCUCCCGAAUGCGAAUUCCGAGCAAUACUUAAACCCAGAUGUCGCUUUCAGAGAGAGUCUCUUUGACGCCAUGGCGGAUGACGAGGGGGCGCAAUUCUGGGAGGGCGUGUAUGGGCAGCCAAUUCACACAUACCCUGCCGAAAAACCAGGUCCAGAUGGAGAGCUUGAGCGCAUGACAGAUGAUGAAUACACGGCUUUUGUACGAGCCAAGAUGUACGAGAAGACUCACCAGCACUUGAUCGAGGAAAAGGCUAGAAGGGAGGCAGCUAAGAAAGAACGAGAACGCAUGGCGAAGGAGAGCGCGAAAGAAGAGAGAGAAGCCGAAAGGUUCAGGAGGAAAGUAGAAGAGAGCUUGAGGCGGGGACAGGAGAGGAAGUCUAGGAAAUCUUGGGGAGACAAGUGGGAUGCGUACAUCCAAAAAUGGGAAUCAUUAGGCCAAGGAGCCGCCACUGGCAAGAUACAUAUUGCAUCAAUACCUUGGCCUGUUGAAAGCGGGAAGCGGGCAGAUGCUACAGAGUUAAAAGAAAUCGAGCGGUUCUUGCUGAAUGCGCCGACGUCUGGACAGCCUACGGAAACGCAGCUUGCGAAGGUGUUGAAGGUGGAAAGGAUACGCUGGCAUCCGGACAAGAUACAGCAGAAGCUUGGUGGACAGGACGUCAGUGAGGAUGUUCUGCAGGCGGUUACUGCGGUCUUCCAGGUCAUUGAUCGGAUGUGGUCUGAAAUUAGGGAUGCAGGGAAAUAA